CUACACACUGAAUAAAAAGUGAAAGUGCAAAAUCUCAGCAACCAAAAUUCACCACUCACUUUAAGCCUUUGAAGUCUUAUAUUAAACAUUAUAAUAUAAUGUCUCCAUAUCCACUUUCAUCAUUAUAAAUAUUUCUACAACCCCCUUCAUUUUCAUUUCAAGCACACACCAAAAAUCUGAGCAGAAAAAAAAUACAGUAAAGGCCAUGGACUGGUUUUCUUGGUUGUCCAAAACAGAGCUAGACCCUUCUCUUGUGUAUGAAUAUGGCCUAGCUUUAGCUCAUAACGAGCUAGAAUACGACGACGUCGUUUACUUCAACCAUGAAUUUCUUCAAAGCAUAGGCAUUUCAAUUGGCAAACACAGAUUAGAAAUUCUCAAACUUGCGAAGAAAGAAAGAGGAGUGAUCCCGAAUUCCAUGUCGAGAUUUCUCCAAAUAAUUAAACGCACAAAGAGGCGUUUGUCAAAGUAUAUAAGGAAUUGGGGUCAUAGCGAUGAAUUAGCACUUGCUUUAGUUCCUAAAAGGAUUAGCAGUUCCAGAUGGAAAAAUUCUAUGUUGAAGAGGAGGAGUACAAGGGUUGCUGCCGCUAAACAGAAUACUCUGUUGAUCACAAAUGGAAGUCCCAAUUUCAAUUCAGAUUCAAGAAUGAACAGUUUCUCUAAUGGUGAAAAAGCGGGUGAUGAUUAUUGGGCGUCGUGUGGAGUUGAAGAAAUCAGGUGGGAUACAAUGUUUCAGAAUCUAAAACCAACUUAAUUUUUUUUUAUAUGAAAAAAAAUUAUUCGAAAUAUUGAAGGAACUCCAGGUGGAAAAACAAAUAAAAUGGUGAGAGAUGGAUUUUGUGUUCUUCCACCAAUUCUGUUUUUAAAAACUUUUUGGAAUUUCUGUUUGCUCAAUAUUUUUAGCUCAGUGGUGGGCGCAAGGAGAAAGCCACCCCAUGAAUGUAUGUAUAGUAUGUGUUAUUAAUGAGAUCAUUUCAAUGAUUUUACA